CUCCCGCCGCGGUGCAUUGUGGUAGCGGGGGGGAAAGAUGGCGGCGGGCGCCGCUGCCCUCAGUUGGCGGCGCGUUUCUUCCUUCACGGGGCCGGUUCCCCGCUCGCGGCACGGACAUCGCGCCGUGGCCAUCCGCGAGCUGGUUAUCAUCUUCGGCGGCGGCAACGAAGGCAUCGCUGACGAGCUGCAUGUCUACAACACCGCUACCAACCAGUGGUUUCUUCCUGCUGUUAGAGGAGAUAUUCCACCAGGCUGUGCAGCCCAUGGAUUUGUCUGUGAUGGUACCAGGAUACUAGUCUUUGGUGGCAUGGUUGAAUAUGGAAGAUACAGCAAUGACUUGUAUGAAUUGCAGGCAAGUCGAUGGCUGUGGAAGAAAGUGAAACCCCAGAAUCCAUCAGCUGGCUUGCCGCCUUGCCCUCGCCUUGGCCAUAGCUUUUCUCUUUAUGGCAACAAGUGUUACCUGUUUGGUGGACUGGCGAAUGAGAGUGAAGAUUCGAAUAAUAACAUUCCCAGGUACCUGAAUGACUUCUAUGAACUGGAGCUUCAGCAUGGUUCAGGAGUCAUGGGUUGGAGCAUUCCUGUGACUAAAGGGGUGGUACCGUCUCCUCGAGAAUCUCACACAGCCAUUAUAUACAGUAGAAAAGACUCUGGAAAUCCAAAGAUGCUUAUUUUUGGAGGCAUGUCUGGGUGUCGACUUAAUGACCUCUGGGAGCUUGAUAUAGAAACAAUGGCCUGGUCGAAACCAGAAACUAAAGGGACAGUGCCACUUCCCCGUAGUCUCCAUACAGCCAAUGUAAUAGGAAACAAAAUGUACAUUUUUGGUGGGUGGGUCCCACAGAGCACAGAAGAUGAUAUCUCGUCUCAAGACGGUGAAUGGAAAUGUACUGGCUCAUUUUCUUACCUAAAUCUAGAUACCACAGAAUGGGUAAGCCUAAUUUCUGAUUGUCAGGAAGACAAAAAUACCUUGCUGCCAGGGCCAAGAGCUGGUCACUGUGCUGUCGUCAUUGGUGCCCGCCUGUAUAUAUGGAGUGGCAGAGAUGGUUACCGUAAGGCCUGGAACAAUCAAGUUUGCUGCAAAGAUCUUUGGUAUCUAGACACUGAGAAGCCACCUGCACCAUCACAGGUACAGCUGAUCAGAGCUACCACCAAUUCCUUUCAAGUUAAAUGGGAUGAAGUUCCUACCGUUGAAGGGUAUCUUCUUCAGUUAAGCUCUGAUACACCGACACUUACAGCAGCUGAAAUACCAAUUACUAUGGUACCCGAGACACCAAGUGCACAAGGAAUCAAGCUGGAUCUUCGUAGCCAAACUAUCAAUAAAGUCCCUAACAAUGUGCAGAUUUCCAUUUCAGAAACUAAAGCCAAGGUCAUGGAACCUGAAAGUGCAAAGAAAAAUAAUUUAAUUUCCAAAGAUUCCAUUGCCCCUUUAUGUCUGCCCGCUAGCACUUUAGGUCCUCAGAUCCCAGCCAAUGUAAAUGAACUACUUGACUUCGAUACGAGAACCACAAAUCCUGACCCUUCUGUAUCCAGCAUUGUCUCCACUGCACAAAAUAUGGUAACCCAGCAGGCUGUUAAAACUGAAUCCUCCAGUACAAAUGGGGCAAUUGUAAAAGAUGACACUUCACUAACAACAGUCAGUUCAAAACCUGAAGUUAACAAGACUGCAACGCCUUCAGUUAGAGCUGUCUCUGUUGGCCCAGAUGAUUCAUCUGUACAGUUGCCUAAAACUUCUUCACCAAGGCAAAAUGCAAGAGUGAGAGGACGAGAACGAAGAUGGUAUGAUGUUGGCAUUUUCCAAAGCAACAGUGCUGUGGUGAACCAGUUCUAUUUGCUGCCAGAGGAAAAGGAGAUCCUUUCUAGCAAGGUAGAGAAUGCAGAUGUUUCAAACUACAGUUUACUUAAAAAACAGGAUCUUGCUCCUGGCACUUUAUACAGGUUCAGGGUUGCAGCAAUUAAUGGUUGUGGCAUAGGCCCCUUCAGCAGAAUCAGUGAAUUUAAGACCUGUAUCCCUGGGUUUCCUGGAGCACCUUCUAUUGUCAAAAUCAGUAAGAGUUCAGAUUGUAUUCAUCUUUCGUGGGAGCCUCCUGUUUCACCUUCAGGAAAUAUCUUGGAAUAUUCUGCCUACCUGGCUAUCAGAACCAACCAACUUCAUGAAAACCCUAAUCAGCUGAUGUUUAUGAAAAUCUAUUGUGGUCUUAAGACCUCUUGUACAGUGACUGCUGCCCAGCUUGCAAAUGCUCACGUUGAUCACACGUCCAAACCCGCCAUAGUGUUCAGGAUCUCAGCCAAGAACGAGAGGGGAUACGGACCAGCUACACAAGUUCGAUGGCUCCAAGAAAUGAAAACAUCAGGUUCAAAAUAGGAGCAGCAUGCAAGUGGUGAAGUAGCAUUUAGCAUGCAUGUAUUUUGUAAAUC